GUGCGGGUGGACGACAAGGGCGUGAGGUGGGACGCCGUGGGCAAGGAGGCCGAGGACUGGUACCGCUGCACCGCCAGGAGUUCGGCCGGCACCAGGCACUCGCCCUGGAUCUACCUCAAGGUCGAAGCGGAGAGCCACAUCUCGGAAUACCCUGGCGGUUACAGCAUCAACUACGGGACGACGUUGCUGAUGCAGUGCGUGGCCACGGGAGACCCCCUGCCCGAGAUCGAGUGGUUCAGGGACGAACAGCCGCUGCCUAUGUACGAGUGGAAAAACGAGGUGUUGCACGGGAUCGAGUUCAUGCCGUUCAUGUCGUACGCUCGCUCCAAGCUGACGGUGAACGCGACGUCGACCGCCAACUACACGUGCCUGGCGAAGAACACGGUGCAGGGGCGCCACACUCAGGACGCGCGCACCUUCAUCGUCUCCGUCGUCCACCCCGUCAGCCCGGUGCGGCGACCCCUUGGCUACUGCGCCCCCUACAACGGGCGUGUGUGCCAGCAUCACCUGGGCGGCACGGGGCUCGUGUGGUACAACAUCACCUCGAUCGACAGGGGCGGCUGGCUCAACGAACACAUCACCCGCGAGCUGUGGGCGGAGAUGAUCGACAACUUCCGGGAGCCCUGUCGAACCGCCGCCGAGAGGUUGCUGUGUAGAUUCGCCUUCCCCGAGUGCCACCUGGAAGACGGCUACCAGAUGGGCCUCCCCCUCUGCCACGAGGACUGCGUGGCCGUGCGGAGCCUCUUCUGCGUCAACGAGUGGCUUCUCAUCGAACAGAACAAACAGGAGAACCGCAUCUUGAAGAACAGGAACCACUUCCGGCUUCCGGACUGUGACCAGCUGGAGAGCCACGGCAAUGGAUCGAAGAGGGUCUGUUCGCACAUCGGCCUCACUGAGAUCGACCCCGACCAGGUCACAUACAACUGCCGAAAGGGUCGCGGGCGCUGGUACUUCGGCAAACAGAAUACAACCAUGAACGGGAUUGCCUGCCAGCGGUGGGACUCGCAGGAACCGCACAAGCACCAUCGGCCGCCCGCUGUGUUCCCCGAGAUACAGGACGCCGAGAACUACUGCAGGAAUGCCGGGGGAGAAGAACCCUACCCUUGGUGUUAUACGAUGGACCCACUCAUCCGGUGGCAACAUUGUAGCAUUCCUCUCUGUGCAUCAGACAGUGCUGUGCUGGAGGGCGUUCAGGGACCGGAGGAGGAAGACACAGACAUUGUUAUCAGCCCUUGGAUGAUGAUGAUAUCAGGAGGAGCGGGUCUGGGCGUCCUGCUGCUCCUCUCUCUCAGUGCUCUGCUUAUACACAAACUGGUUCAUGCUAAACGGGGCUACUCGGCGCCUACUACUCAGGAGGCAGACAUUGAUUUAACAAAAUUACCAAGUAACUCUGCCUACCAUCAAACUUGUGCUCAGCUGAACCCCAAACUAGAGAAGCUUCAGUACGACAGGAAUAGCAUCAUAUACAUACGUGAUCUUGGGCAAGGAGCCUUUGGUCGAGUUUUCCAGGGCAAGGCACCCAGUCUGGUUGCUGGUGAGGAGCUUACCAUGGUGGCUGUUAAGGUCCUGAAGGAAGAGGCAUCAGAGGACAUGCUUGGGGACUUUGAGAGAGAAGCUUGCAUUCUGGCAGAGUUUGACCAUCCAAAUAUAGUGAGGUUACUUGGGGUGUGUGCUGUUGGAAGACCUAUGUGUCUCCUGUUUGAGUACAUGGGACGUGGAGACCUUAAUGAGUUCCUCAGGUCAUGUUCUCCGACUAACUACAUUGUAAGGUCUUCAAAUGGGGAUACUUUUAGUGACACAAAACUUAGCUACAAGGAUAUGUUGUGGAUUGCUUCCCAGGUUGCUUCUGGUAUGGUUUACUUGUCAGACCGGAAGUUUGUGCACCGAGAUCUUGCAACAAGAAAUUGCCUUAUUGGUGAAGACAUGACAGUUAAGAUAGCAGAUUUUGGUCUGUCUCAAAAGAUUUACAUUGCAGAUUACUAUAGGGGAGAUGACAGUGAUGCCAUCCCCAUUCGCUGGAUGCCACUAGAGAGCAUUUUAUAUAAUAAAUACACUGUAGAGAGUGAUGUCUGGGCCUUUGGGGUAUGUUUAUGGGAAAUAUUUUCUUUUGCAUUGCAACCAUACUAUGGAAUGACACAUGAAGAGGUUGUUUGUUUCCUGAAGGAGGGAGGAAUUCUCUCAUGUCCCGACCACUGCCCUCCCGAGGCUUACUCCUUGUUAACCUGGUGUUGGCAGCGGCGGCCACAUGACAGACCAACCUUCCCCAUCAUUCAUCAGAAAAUGAAAGACCUGAUCGCAGGUCGUCCACUGAAUGUGCCCAUCCCUCCCCCAAGCUCAUCUAUGUCAGGCUCAGCCCCCGCCACCCCACGACCGUGCUCAUGUGCCCCAGAGCAAGGGGUUCAAUCUUCAUAAGUACUUUAUUCAAGACCAACCUGUAGUCAUGAACCACACAUCAGUGAUUUUUUUUUUUUUUUUUUUUUUUCUAAUUUAUUGAAAAAAGCUGCUGCUGUAUGACUAAAAUUGCACUGUAAAUACAAAAUUAUUUAAGAAAACAACUAUUUGUGAUUGGGAUUGAUUAGGUCUUGGCAUAAUUUAAAUAAAAGGUAAUAAUAAGUGGAGAAAUAAUAAUAACAUGGUAUAUGAAACAUUUUAAAUGAAAAUGAUGAAAGACAUUCUUCUUGGUCAAGCUUGAUUUCCCAAUCAUAAAUAUUUGUGCAAAGGGAACAAAAGGGCCAUAUCUGUGACACAAUACAUGUCACAGUUAUGAAUACUUUGCAGAAAUUAAAUGUGUGAUUUCUGUUUAACAUAAUUCUCAAAUCAGCAGAAUUUAAUGAGUCAUUCACUGAAGGUGUGUUUGCACAAUAUUCUUACAUGAAUCAUAAUUAUCAUUGUAAAUAGUACUAAAUUUUAGAUUUAAGUAUCAGUGACAGCAAUUUAGCUGUGACUUUACAAAAGCACAAAUGAAACAUGAUUAACAAAAAAUCUGAUGAUGCAACAGGACCAAAAGAAUAUGAAAAAAACUUUUUAUCUUGAAAAUGAUCCUGGUCUUCAAGCAUAACUUGAAGUAAUGUCUUUGGGGAUAGUAGUAAUUUUUUUUUUUUUUUUUUUUUUUUUUUUUUUUGUGUAUAUUACAUUGCAGAGAUGUCAGUAAUAUUACAAAGAUCUUUUAGCAAAUUUUGAUAUUCAUAAACAUAAUCUGAUCACAGUAAUAUAAUCAGAAAAUAUAGCCUGAAGACUUCAGAUGUAGAAACUAAGGUUUUACUGUUUCAAAGUGUGUAGUAAAACCUGGAAAUUAACUAUUUAAUCCAAAUUCAUGAAAAGCUUCAGGAGCAUUCUAGUGGGAGCCAGAACUAGCAUAUAAGAAGGAAGCUAAAUUGUAUUAUGGUUGCUAUAGUUUUUUUGUUGCAAGGUUUGCAGGUGCAUAAAUGAAUAGAGUGUGAUAGCAGUAUAAAGAAAGCAUUCUAAGCAGAUGGGUAUGAUUGGAAAAAGUUAUUUUAAUUGUAUAGACAUACAAAUUGAAAAUCUCAUGUACAGCUUAAUCUUAAGGAAUUAGCUUUCAGAUUAGCAUUUUAUAUGGCAGCAAUAUAACCACAGGUUGGCUUGUGGUGAAGGGACUUUUGCACAUGCUUGUUUAUGAUUUAUCACACUGUAUUGGUAAUCUCAUUCAUCAAAAGAAAAUUUCUUGAGAUUAUUAUAUUUUCAGCAGCCGGGAGCUCACGUACAUCUUUUGAUUCAAGCUUACAUUGAGUUGUGCUUAUCAGAGCUUUUUAGCAAUCAUGAAAAUCUUGUCAUUGCUAUCUCAUUUUGCAAUAAAGUGUUCUUUAUGAUUAGGAUGUAAGGAACCUAAUGACAGUUUUAAAGUAGUAGAAAAAAUGUGUGAAAUUGUAUAUUCUUUUAUGACUGAGGAUUGACAUCUCGGUCUGUGAAUUCUCUCUCUUUAAACUGUGAUUUCUGGGUAAAUGGGUUGAGAGUGAUGGGUGAGAAGGGAAGGAAUUGAUCCACUGCCCUAAAUACAUGCUUGAGUCAAACCAUCAUUCAUUUUUAUGUCAUUCCAGAUAAGUACAUUAGUUUUCAUGGCUCACUUAUAUUUGUAUUGUAAAGACCUUUUUUCUGAGGCAUAUAUUUAGAAGGCAAUUCAUGGCUCUAAUAGCAUAGUGCUAUGGAGGUAUUUCAUCAGUAUUAUGGGUGGAAGUGGCAGUUACAUGCUGUACUUUUCCACACGUAUUCAAGAAUCCCAAUUCCAUAUUUUUUUCUGGGUGAAUCUCCACUUCAGGGUCAUAUUUCAUUAAAUGUAAUUAUUUUACUGAUUUUAUUAAUCAGGUCUGUCAUGUAUUAGACAGACCACCUCUACUUGCUGUCAUUCCUUCAUAUAUAUACAACACUUAAAUGUUUACACAAUUUUGUAAAAUGUAAAAAUAAAACCAUUUUUAUAUAUAUAUAUGUGAAAGUAUGGAUCUUGUGAGAGAUAAUGUGCUGUACUCAUCAAAACUAGCCGUAGUUUUUUGGUUUGAUUGAGAUAUUAGUAUACUAGUCAUAUGAGUGCUUAUAGCCAGUUCUUUUAAUUUUAUAUAAGGUUGCUAUUAUACAAUAGGUAUAUAUUAGGUAGAUAACCUUUAUAUAAUCAGGUUUGUUUGUAAUAUAACUUUUGAUAUGAUGCCUGUGUUAACCACAUACCAAGUAGAAACCAAGUUUGUUGUGCAGUUUCUAUAAGUGUCCAAACCUACAGGUGUGCUUAAAGCAACUUAAAACAGAUGUACAUAAGGUCACGAGGCAGUGAUCAAAACCACAGUAUAUAUAUAUAGAUAUGUAAAGUAAAUGUAUAAUUUACAAGGCAACAGUUGAAGAGGUUUUUAUGCCCUAUGCAUAGCAAGGAGUUAAGAAGGAUUUUUGUUUUUGAUUUGGGGUGUAUCCCUUAUUGCACAAGGAUAAUGAGAGCUAUAAGGAUUUAUUCUGACCAAUUUCUGCAUUGGCUUUGCAUUUCUGAUCCUAAAUUUCAAUGAAAUUAGGCUAAAUUGGCCCAGCAUUCAUGCAUGUGUGUAUAUACACAGUUCCCAAAGCUGGCUUGUGGGAUGAUCAGUUGAUAAGUACUAUGUGUAAUGUAAAAGUUGUUGAUCCUAAUUUGAUUGGAUGCCAUUUCAUCAUAUGCCAAUUCACCAGCUUAAAAAUCACAGAAAAUCUACAAAGUCCCACUGACUGAUUUCAACAGCAAUACAUCUACAGGAUAUGAGUAUUCUGUAAGACUAGCACUGUAUUAACAGAACCAAGUGUAUUUUUGACUGAAAAUCUAUAACAGAACUUAAGCUAUAUACUUUUUUCCUCCAUGUACAAAACACAUACUUUAGGAAUCUGUUUCUUUUGGCUUGUCUCUUAUGUAAUCUCUUCAUUCCAUUUGUAUUUACUAGUAACUAGCCAUGUUAUACCUAUAUGAUGGAAAUAUUGCAAAUAUUUCUACAAAUCCUGUUUAUUCCAUCAUAUAUACUUUCAAAUACAAAAGGCAAAAUAGACAAAAUUAUAUAUUUUAUUCUGCAUCAUAAAUAAGAUUGAUUAUGACUAAUGUUCAAUGGUGGCAACAUAUUCCAUGCAUUCUGUCCUAUCCAAAAAACAUGAAAUUUUGGUUUUACUAUUAAGGGAAAUGCCUCCAUUUUCUGUUAGUAACUUUGUUAACAAGAAAUAGGAAUAUUUUUGAUUUACCAGUAUAAACAGUACGUGAAUGAUUGUACAGAACUGCUAACAUAUUUUAAAAUCUCCCAGCACAAAUAUAUUCUUUAUAUAGGUUUGACUCCAUCCAUAAAUAUCAAGGUGGAAAAUAUUACAUAGUAAGGAGUUUUACAUUGGCAGAUAAUUCAUGUUUAAAACCCAUGUAGAACAUUUUAGAAACAUCUUUAUGCAAGUGAAGCUUGUUCUCAAAACUGCCUUUCCUAAUUUGCAAUAUAAAAGAUUUUCUAUGUAUGCUCAGCAAUGUGUAAAGUGUCUUCCUGUAGAAAAAUAGUUAUGAUAAUGUAAUUAGAUAUAGACAUUGUAAAACAUUUAUCACAUAAUAAAACAACCCCCCUAAGAAAAAUUCAAUUGGCUGUCACCAUUAUUGUCUUUCUUUUGUGUCACACUACCCUGAGAGACCCAGCCUUCAGAAUCACGGCAGUCGGAGUCACAGGAGCAUUGACUCAAGAGUUUAGUCUUAGUGAUUGCUCCUGAAAGACAACCGCUGGCGAGGUUCUUCUUAUUGCUUGGUUCUGUAACUACAUUCCAACCCUUCAGCAAUACAUUACUUGGAGUAA